AUGGAAGUGAGAGAUCUUAAGUGGUACAGUCCUUUCUUGUUCUUUGUUGGAGCUAUUUUAAGUUUUGCUGAUUCCAUCACUGACAUACUCACACUGGUGGAAUUCUACCGCGCAGAUCACAAGACAUGGUUUGGCGUUGGGCUUGCUUUUGUUUUAUUGCCAUGUUUGGCGUUUCCAAUAUUGUUCCACUGGGUUCGUGCCAAAGAUAGUUGGGCAAAAACCGCUCUUUGUGCAUUCCAUCCAUUUUCAGCAGCCUUUGGAAGAAUAGAAGCUUUAAUUUUCUGUCUCAAGAAAUGGUGGUAUAAAGAUGAACUCGACUCGAACCUCUCUGAAAGAGCUGAAGAGGUACUCUGGCACAUUGACUUAGCUGUGCUCUUUGAGGCAGCCCUUGAGUCCGCUCCACAAUUUAUAAUUCAGUUGUACGCCAUCAAUGUUCAAAAGGAACCACCUUCAAUCAUCCAAAUCAUUUCUCUAGCUAUCUCUUUCCUCGUUUUGGCAUGGGCUUUCACAACUACUGAUAAGAUAUCUCUUGUCAACCUCGAUGUAUUACCAAGUAGCGGUGACCUGAAUAAUAAAUGCCAACUUGCAUUGUAUGUAACUCACUUAUUUCUCCUGAGCAGUCGACUGCUGGCCAUCUGUUUUUUCACCGUCGGCUACAAGUGGUUGGUUAUUGCUGUGUUAAUGCCUCAUUCUUGUGUGGUAUUAAUGGUGUUUAUUAUUUCUAAUAGAGACGAAUAUGAAUGUAGUGUAGGAAAUGUUAUCCCUUUGAUAUUGCGUAUUGGCAUUUACUAUCUAAGAGACGACUGUAUAGACGUAAUUGAUGAACUCUGGUGUAUAUUUUUAUCACAUAUUUUGUUUACUAUAGAAAACUUCAUUAUGAUCGUAGUGUUUUAUUCAAAUUAUCACCUCGACGCUUGGUACUAUUUACACGUCACUGUGUAUGUUUGUGUGUUCAGUGUUCUUGGUUCCGCAAUGAGAAUUCUUUUGCUUCAUCGGUUAAGCAAGAGACCUAACUGA